UUUUGGCAGUUUCUCUGUGGAAGGCCAGAGCUACGGACGGACGGUCGCGAGAGGGCUGUACUGUCAGGCACCGGGAAGCAGGGGCCGGGUCUGAAGAAAACUCGUGAAUCAUGGGUGACAUUAAAAAUUUUCUGUAUGCCUGGUGUGGCAAAAGGAAGAUGACUCCAGCCUAUGAAUUUAGAGCAGUAGGGAACAAAAACCGUCAGAAGUUCAUGUGUGAGGUUCGUGUAGAAGGGUUUAAUUAUACUGGCAUGGGCAAUUCUACUAAUAAAAAAGAUGCACAGAGCAAUGCUGCCAGAGACUUUGUUAACUAUUUGGUUCGAAUAAAUGAAGUAAAGAGUGAAGAAGUUCCAACUGUUGGGAUUGCACCUCCCCCACCUCCAGUUACUGAAGCUACUGACACUGCUACUACUGAUGCUGGAAAAAACAGUGAAAGUUUACCAACCACCAUGGGAGGACCUCUUCCACCACAUCUGGCUCUCAAGGCAGAAAAUGAUUCUGGAGCUGGAGCAUCUGGCUUUGGUGCUGCUUCUGGAUCCACCUGGGAACUGGGUACCGAUGUGAAGGACUUCUUCCCAAAAAAGGAGGACCCAGACGGAGAAGGCCGGGGAACCAAUAUGAAGGACUACUACUCAAGAAAGGAGGAACAAGAAGUAGAAGCGACUCUAGAAUCAGAAGAAGUGGAUUUAAAUGCUGGGCUUCAUGGAAACUGGACUUUAGAAAACGCUAAGGCUCGCCUGAACCAAUAUUUCCAAAAGGAAAAGAUCCAAGGGGAAUAUAAGUACACCCAAGUGGGUCCUGAUCACAACAGGAGCUUUAUUGCCGAAAUGACCAUUUAUAUCAAGCAACUGGGCAGAAGGAUUUUUGCACGUGAACAUGGAUCAAAUAAAAAGUUGGCAGCACAGUCCUGUGCUCUGUCACUUGUCAGACAGCUCUAUCAUCUUGAAGUAAUUGAAGCUUAUUCUGGACUUACAAAGAAGAAAGAAGGAGAGAGAGUGGAGCCUUACAGAGUUAACAUUUCUCCUGAUUUAGAGCAUCAGUUGAUAAAUGUGAUUCAAGAGCUAAAUCUUGAAAUUGUGCCUCCACCUAUUGAUCCUUCUAUGCCAGUUCUAUUCAACACUGGGAAACUGGCUCACUUUGAACCAUCUCAACGACAAAACCAAAUAGGUGUGGUUCCUUGGUCACCUCCACAAUCCAACUGGAAUCCUUGGACUAGUUGUAACAUUGAUGAGGGGCCCCUGGCUUAUGCUACUCCAGAACAAAUAAGUAUGGAUCUUAAGAAUGAAUUAAUGUGCCAGCUAGAACAUGAUCAAGAUUUGCAAGCAGUCUUACAGGAGAGAGAGUCUCUACCUGUGAAGAAAUUUGAAAGUGAAAUCCUGGAAGCAAUUAAUCAAAAUUCAGUUGUUAUUAUCCGAGGGGCUACUGGAUGUGGUAAAACCACACAGGUUCCACAGUUUAUCCUGGAUGACUUUAUCCAGAAUGAUCGAGCAGCAGAGUGUAAUAUUGUAGUAACUCAGCCUAGGAGGAUCAGUGCAGUCUCUGUGGCAGAGCGAGUUGCGUAUGAAAGAGGAGAGGAGCCUGGAAAAAGCUGUGGCUACAGUGUUCGAUUUGAGUCUAUACUUCCCCGUCCUCAUGCCAGCAUAAUGUUUUGUACUGUAGGUGUUCUAUUGAGAAAAUUAGAAGCAGGCAUUCGAGGAAUCAGUCAUGUAAUUGUUGAUGAAAUACACGAAAGAGACAUUAAUACUGACUUUCUUUUGGUGGUCUUGCGUGAUGUGGUUCUGGCUUAUCCUGAAGUUCGCAUUGUACUUAUGUCUGCUACUAUUGACACCAGUAUGUUUUGUGAAUAUUUCUUCAAUUGCCCUAUCAUUGAAGUUUAUGGGAGAACUUUCCCAGUUCAAGAGUAUUUUUUGGAAGACUGUAUUCAGAUGACCCAGUUUGUUCCUCCACCAAAGGACAAGAAAAAGAAGGAUAAGGAAGAGGAUAGUGGUGAGGAUGAUGAUGCGAAUUGCAACUUGAUCUGUGGUGAUGAAUAUGGUCCAGAAACAAAGUUGAGCAUGUCUCAGUUGAAUGAAAAGGAAACUCCUUUUGAACUCAUUGAAGCUCUUCUUAAGUACAUUGAAACCCUUAAUGUUCCUGGAGCUGUGUUGGCUUUUUUGCCUGGCUGGAACUUGAUCUGUACUAUGCAGAAGCAUUUGGAAAUGAAUCCACAUUUUGGAAGCCAUAGGUAUCAGAUUCUACCUCUGCAUUCUCAGAUUCCACGAGAAGAACAGCGCAAAGUGUUUGAUCCAGUACCAGUUGGAGUAACCAAGGUUAUUUUGUCCACAAAUAUUGCUGAAACGAGCAUUACCAUAAAUGAUGUUGUUUAUGUCAUUGACUCUUGCAAACAAAAAGUGAAACUAUUUACGGCUCACAACAACAUGACCAACUAUGCUACAGUCUGGGCAUCCAAAACAAACCUUGAACAGCGUAAAGGCCGAGCUGGUCGUGUGCGGCCUGGAUUUUGCUUUCACCUCUGUAGCCGAGCCCGUUUUGAGAGACUCGAAACCCAUAUGACACCAGAGAUGUUUCGAACACCAUUGCAUGAAAUUGCUUUGAGCAUAAAACUUCUGCGUCUGGGAGGAAUUGGCCAGUUCUUGGCCAAAGCAAUUGAACCUCCACCUUUGGAUGCUGUGAUUGAAGCAGAGCAUACUCUUAGAGAGCUUGAUGCAUUAGAUAUCAAUGAUGAAUUGACUCCUCUAGGACGAAUCCUGGCUAAACUCCCCAUUGAGCCCCGUUUUGGAAAAAUGAUGAUAAUGGGAUGUAUUUUCUAUGUGGGAGAUGCUGUCUGUACCAUUGCUGCUGCUACCUGCUUUCCAGAGCCUUUCAUCAGUGAAGGGAAGAGACUGGGCUAUAUCCAUCGAAAUUUUGCAGGAAACAGAUUUUCUGACCAUGUGGCACUUUUGUCAGUAUUUCAAGCCUGGGAUGAUGCUAGAAUGGGUGGAGAAGAAGCAGAGAUACGUUUUUGUGAACACAAAAGACUCAAUAUGGCUACAUUAAGAAUGACUUGGGAGGCCAAAGUUCAACUUAAAGAAAUUUUGCUUAAUUCUGGUUUUCCAGAAGAGUGUUUGUUGACACAAGUGUUUACUAACACUGGACCAGAUAAUAAUUUGGAUGUUGUUAUCUCUCUCUUGGCUUUUGGUGUAUACCCCAAUGUGUGCUAUCAUAAGGAAAAGAGAAAAAUUCUUACCACUGAAGGGCGUAACGCACUUAUCCAUAAGUCAUCUGUUAAUUGUCCAUUUAGCAGCCAAGACAUGAAGUACCCUUCUCCCUUCUUUGUAUUUGGUGAAAAGAUUCGAACCCGAGCCAUCUCUGCUAAAGGCAUGACCUUAGUUACUCCCUUGCAGUUGCUUCUGUUUGCCUCCAAGAAAGUCCAGUCUGAUGGACAGAUUGUGUUUGUAGAUGACUGGAUCAGACUGCAAAUUUCUCAUGCUGCAGCUGCCUGUAUUACUGCCCUCCGGGCAGCCAUGGAAGCUCUGGUUGUUGAAGUAACCAAACAACCUAACAUCAUCAGUCAAUUGGACCCUGUAAAUGAACAUAUGUUGAACAUGAUCCGACAAAUCUCUCGGCCCUCAGCAGCUGGUAUAAGCCUUAUGAUUGGUGCUGCACGGUAUGGAGAUGGUCCACGUCCUCCCAAGAUGGCUCGAUAUGAUAAUGGAAGUGGAUAUAGAAGGGGUUCUGGAUAUGGUGGUGGAGGCUAUGGCACUGGAGGCUAUGGUGGUGGUGGUGGAGGUUAUGGUAGUGGAGGAUAUGGCGGUGGAGGAUAUGGCGGUGGAGGAUAUGGAGGGGGCUCCAAUUCCUAUCGAAGAGGAUAUGGUGGAGGCUAUAGAGGUUUCCGGGGGGGUUAUAGAGGCAACUUUGGUGGAGACUACAGGGGAUCUAGUGGAGACUACAGGGGACCUAGUGGAGGAGACUUCCGAGGACCCAAUGGAGGAGACUUCCGGGGACCCAAUGGGGGAGACUUCCGGGGACCCAAUGGGGGAGACUUCCGAGGACCCAAUGGGGGAGACUUCCGUGGACCCAAUGGGGGAGACUUCAGAGGACCCGGUGGGGGAGACUACAGAGGACCCGGUGGGGGAGACUACAGAGGACCCGGUGGGGGAGACUACAGAGGACCGGGUGGGGGAGACUACAGAGGACCCGGUGGGGGAGACUACAGAGGACCCGGUGGGGGAGACUACAGAGGACCCGGUGGGGGAGAUUUCAGAGGACAUGGUGGAGGAGGCUACAGAGGGUCUGGGGGAUUCCAGCGAGGAGGUGGCAGAGGAGGCUUUGGAGGCGGCUAUUUUGGACAAGGAAGAGGAGGUGGUGGCUAUUAAAACUUUACAUGUCAGUGCCGAUGCAUAGACAAUUUAAAAAAUACAAAGCAUGCUAUGUGUUUUUCCCCAAAAUGUUUAUUUGCUCCCCCCAAAUAAACCCAUUUUCUUUUA